UCUUUGGUCAGUACAGGCACAUCAAGAGUCACGACCACGUCGGUACUCUUCCGUGAAAUAUGCGACGUUGAACGCUGUCCGUGUUUCCUCAUCGGUUUCUCGUUAUAUUUCCUCUCUCGCGCGCGAAAGUGUGAAAAGGAACUUCGCUUUCUAAGCACUCUCCAAGAUUCCGCACGUCCCUUCCUUCUUCUCUUCUGCCACGCGAUCCCCUACUUAAAACCAAACCUAAUCCGCUGAAAAAGGGAAGCCGAAGGAAACUUGUUCUGUCCGACUGUUGCUGGUCCUUCCUCAUGCUUCUCGUUGAUCAAAACGAUCCGCCAUCUCAAUCCACUCGAUCCACGACUGUCUCUUGAUCGAAAACGGCGUCCAACCGAUGUCUCUGACGAUGCCGAAGGCCGCUCUGUCCCCCCUCCUCCUCCUCCUCCUCCUCCUCUUGGCCGGCAUGGUAUUGCCGAUCCUCACGGCCGCGGCACGUAAAGCCUGCAGCCAGACCUGCAGCAACGGCAAGCCCGCAAACCAGAACCUGACGUACCCGUUCGGGUUCUCGCCGGGCUGCCCAAUCCGGCUCAACUGCACCAAGGACGGGGACGCCCUCAUAGGGGAGUUCCUGGUGCAGUCCGCGUCCGUGGACACCAUCACCGUCACCAUCAAGGCCAAUUGCAGCCGCCCGUUCGGGUCCAUGGACCAGCUCUACGGCCGCAACUACGCUCCGAAGGGGAAGAACGCCGUCCUGCUCAGCAAUUGCACGCAGAACUCCCCCUGCGAUGUGCCCAACACCCUGGUCAUCCAGGCCCAAUUCCAGUCCGGUUGCGAUUCUAGCACCAAGAUCAACACCAGCAUGAAUUGCUACUCCGAGGAGCCGAACCACUACAACGUGACGUUUCUCAACCACAGUCGGCUCUUCGCCCUCGGCUGCGAGUACUUUCUGUCGUCGAUAUCGGCGGAAAACCUGAACAACAUAUCGGUGUCACUGGGCGUCCAGAUGCUACAGCUGGUGUGGUGGGUCAACGGUGACGAGUGCGAGUGCUCCGACGACGCGGACUGCGUUCAGCUCUCGGGGCUGCCGAAAGGCGGCGGGAAUGGGUUCCGGUGCAAGUGCAGGGACGGGUUCCUCGGCGACGGGUUCUUGGCCGGCACCGGCUGCCGGAGAGACGCAUUCAUGUGCAAUCCUGCAAAGUAUCUCUCUGGCCAAUGUGGAGGAACCACCAGAAUAAUUGUUCUGGUUGGAGGUGUUGUAGUUGGGGCUUCCCUCAUGAUCAGUUUGGCAUUGAUCUGCUGCUUCUUUCGACGGCGAAGCAAAUGGAAAGCUCAACUCAAGGUGCAGAGCCGUCUGUCCGAGGCCUCGGGCAAGAGCAGCAUCACCUUCUAUCCCUACAAAGAGAUCGAGAGAGCCACAAAUUAUUUUUCAGAGAAGCAGAGGUUGGGGACCGGGGCAUUCGGGACGGUCUAUGCUGGGAAAGUGAAUGGCAACGACGAGUGGGUCGCCAUCAAGAGGAUCAAACAGAGGGACAGCAUCGAGCAAGUCAUGAAUGAGAUCAAGCUCCUGUCGUCCGUGAGCCACCCCAACCUGGUCAAGCUCCUCGGUUGCUCAAUCGAGAAAGGCGAGCAGAUCCUCGUCUAUGAGUUCAUGCCCAAUGGCACAUUGUGCCAGCAUUUGCACAGAGAGAGGGGUCAAGGACUUGCCUGGCCGAUCAGGCUGAAAAUUGCCACAGAAACUGCUCAAGCAAUUGCGCAUCUCCACUCUAUUAAGCCCCCAAUAUACCAUAGAGAUGUCAAGUCAAGCAACAUUCUCUUGGAUGACAAUUUCAAGUCCAAGGUUGCGGAUUUUGGCCUUUCGAGACUCGGCAUGCUCGAGGACUCCCACAUCUCGACCACCCCACAGGGCACCCCGGGCUAUCUCGAUCCCCAGUACCAUCAGGAUUUCCACCUUUCCGACAAAUCGGAUGUCUACAGUUUAGGCGUAGUACUUAUGGAGAUCAUCACGUCGUUGAAGGUCGUGGACUUCUCACGGCCUCAAAACGAAGUGAACUUGGCCAAUUUGGCCACGGAUAGGAUUGGGACGGCGCGGUUGGAUGAGAUCAUCGACCCGUCCCUCAAUGUGCACAAGGACAAGUGGACGUACUUGUCCGUGCAGAAGGUCGCCGAGCUGGCAUUCCAGUGCCUCGCGUCACACCGAGACCUGAGGCCUACCAUGAAGGAAGUGGCGGAUGAAUUGGACCGGAUCAGGCUCAGUAGAUGGGCCGCUUCCGAAGCGAAAAGCUGCACGACUUUGUCCGAGACGUCUUCAUGCUCUUCUUCGGGCAGUAUCAGCGAGAAGUUGCUGAUUUGUCCCAAAAGGAGUGCCGAACUGGAGAUUACAAAGGCGAUCAGUGUCAGUGAUCAAAGUGGAGGUAGCGCCAUGAGCUCGACCGGGAGCACAGCAGAUAAUUCGACAGCAUCAAUGAAAGAUUCGUGCUUAAGUGAAGAGAGCUCUCCCUCAUCAAACACUCUACUCUCUAAGGUGAUUCAGUGACUUAAAUGUGCCUUUCCAUCCGAAGCUUUUACAUCCCUUGUAAAACACCACACGUGUAAUUCAUUUAGUCGAGUUUUCUCUCUAA